GGCACCAUGCACCACACUCUAUUUUGCAACUUUUUUCCUUCAUUUAAUUGUAUAGCCUGAACUUUUUCUUGUGUCUGUACCUACCAUAUUCUCUCUCUCUCAUUCUCUCUCUCUCUCUCUCUCUCUCUCUCUCUCUCUCUCUCUCUCUCUCUCUCUCUCUCUCUCUUCUCUCUCUGUAUGUAUGUGUUACUUCUUUCAUCUGCUUGUUUGAAUCUUUUAAGCCAAAAACAUUUAGUCAGAACUCAACACACACACGCACACACACACGCACGCACGCACGUACUCACACAAUAUUACAAAUUAUACACACAUAUACAAUUUUAUACAUGAAUGCUGUGCAUACUGACCAAUUUCAUCCCAUCUCCAUCUCCCUAUUACCCCAUCCUCCCUCCCCUUCCCCACAACCUUCUCUCUCUCUCUCUCUCUCUCUCUCUCUCUCUCUCUCUCUCUCUCUCUCUCUCUCUCUCUCUCUCUCAUGUUCAUCUCUCAUGUGCAUGUCGUUCUGUGGCCCCACGGAGAUUAACCAGGGCCAUCUGUGUAGGUUUGGAGAGGUCCAUUGGAGUCUAGAGGGCUCAGCAGUGGGUGCACAAGUAAAGACAAUGAUUCCUCUUUUCCAGGAAUCUAUCAAUAGCCAACAGUUCAGAGUAAAGGGUAGGACCCAUAAGCCUCUUCCUCUUCCUCAUCUUCCUCUUCCCUGACCAUGGAUAGUGCCCAGUGCAAGUAACUAGUUGGUGGUGGCAACGGUUACGUGGAGCCUAGAGAAUGGUAUUUCCCAGCCCUUCAUGUUAUCUUCCUGCUCUGACAUCCUUCCUGCUCCCUCUUCCACAUAUUCCCUGAGCCUUACCGAGGGUGAUAGUGAGUGUUUGUGGCUGGACUUAUGCCUGUUGCUUAUGCUCUGCAUCCUGGCCAGUCAUGAGGCUCUGCGUUCACUGCUCAUUGCAAGAGGAGGCUUCUCUGACGACUGGGAGCCGCUUUGUCUAGGGUGGACAGAAAGGUAUUUAGAAACCGUUAUGUCGGUUUAGUUAACCAUCAGAAAUAUGCCCACUGCCUGGGCCUACUGCUUCUCCACACCUGGACUGUUAGUCAGCCUUACAGUACCAUGAAGUCAAACACUUUUAAAAGUAGGAAUUGGAGUUAACUUUCUGGGAUUUCUCUUAUCUCACUGUCUUCAUUCUUUUAGUUAGUGAAAAUGCGGUACUGGCUAAAAAUCCAAACCUCAUAGACUCCCAGCUACCAUAUGAGAACUUUCUCCACUCCUACUUCAGUCACUACAGGGCUCUGGGCAUAUUCUCUGUCCUCUCUAGCCAGCCUAUACACGCCUGUGCCCACUCUGUUCUCAGGAAACUCUGGUGUGAGUAACAGACUUUCCCAUAAAGUCUCUGCUGGUGAUGUCAUCAACUUCUACAAUCCACCUAUUCAUCGAGAGUGGGGUUCUAUCUGUUUGUGCAGAGGGAAUCACAGACUAAUUAGCCUUGUGGACAGGAUGGUCUAGAAUGUGGCCACACUCCUUGAAGAGCUUUUCUCUCCUGCUCCGGGUUUCCUCACUGAGAAUGAACUUCUGCAUAGAGUGUGGAUGUUUCCACAGAGUACUGUGAACUGGGCUACACUGGGCUGGACUUGAUCAUCCCCAAAGAGCCUCUGCCUUAGGUUUAACAAAGCUGGACUGGGGGAACUUUAAGUGCCAGAAGAGAGUACCUCCAUAAAGUGCCCCUGUGCUGAGUGUCUUCAUCUGAACAUAUCUGUGUGUCUCACACUUAAUGAUAUCUCAGUUUCAGCCUGUUAUGAUGGAGUUGGGCUCAGGGAAAUGACUUUUCCCACAAGUUACCAUGGUAGAUUUUAUGUCUCAACCAGGAAUCAGCUCCCUUUCUAUGGAGUGUUUAAGGGGCAUAGUGAUAACUCUAUACAGUAUAUGAUCAUGACAUCAAUAUCUAAAUGACAUCAGAUAUCACUCCAGAAAGAAAAAGAAAAAUCACCUCACAGCAUGCUGAGUUCUUGACUCCUAAAUGCAGAAGCCUCACUAGGACCUGGUAAUGGUUAGUUGUACAUGUCCACAUAAAGGGUCACGGUGCCCAGAUGUAUGAUUGUUAUAGUUUGGAUCUGGAAUGUAUCUCAAACCCUCAUAUGUUGAAGGUUGAAUCCCCAGAUGGUGAUGGUUUGGGCAGAUGUUGGAAACUUUAAGCACUGGCAUCUCUUUGAACGAAGUAAGGUCAUUGGAAAUUUGUCCUUGAAGGGUACGCUAGUACCCAAUCCCCUCUUCCUCUUGUUUCCUUUGCUUCCUGGCUACCAAGAAGUCAACAGCUUUGCUCCAGCAUGCUCUCCCUGGCAUAAUAUUCUAUUUCACUACACGCCUAGAGUGAUGGGGCCAAGGAACCAUAGACUAAAACCUCUGAAACUGUGAGCAAAAAUAAGCCUUUUUUUCCAUACUAGUUGAUUAUCUCAAGUAUUUUAUCACAGCCAUGAAAAUCUGUUACUAAAAUCCCUUCUCUGGGGAAGAAGAAAGCGAUAUCUAUCCCUCUUUGUAAGGCCCCAGGGACAAACAAGGCACAAUCUUACCAGAAUUCACUCAGGGGAACCAAUGAAUUUAUUGGGUUUACUUAUAAAUCAUAAGCAAAGGGCUACUUACAGGGGUGUGGAUGAUCCCUCACUAAAGGCUGCUCAGAAAGCCUUUGCCCAGCAGGGAUGAUGCCUUCUCCAUAGACACGUAGAUAGAGUCCCUCCUAUGAGUCUUCCCUGGCCUGUAAACUCUAGUCCCUCUCCAGGGCCACAGGAAAUAAGGGGAUAAUUACAUAUAACAGGUGGUAUAGAGUGGCUGGACACUCAGGCGAGGGUCCUAUGACCUUCCCCACCCCUCCUCCUAUGAGGGCAUGCAGUCAACAAGCCCAGCUGUGAUGAUCUUUUGAGAGCAGGAAUACCUGAACUCCAAAAGAUGAGGCUUGUUUGGCUUGAAGGAAAGUCAUGUACAACAAAAACCGACCUACACAAUGGUCAAACAUUAUUAUGGUUGUUUCUGGAAGGGUGUUUAGGGAUAAAAUUAAUAUUCCAUCAGUAGACUCUGUGUAAAACAUACCCCACACACACACAAUGUGGGGGGAGUGUCAUCUUAUAAAUUCAGGCCCUACUAGAAAAGACUCUUAGUCCUUCUCUGAGCAAGAAGCAACUCUACCAACAGGAAGUGUAAAACUUGAACUUGAACAUUGGUUUUUCCUGGACUUUGGUUUGUAGAUUUUAAACUUAUUAGCCUCCAUAGUUGUGAGCAAAUUCUUAAAAUAAACAUCUGGUCUGAAUUGUAUGUCUGUAAUUCCAGCUACUUGGGAGGCUAAGGCAUGAGGAUUAUGAGUUUGAGGACAACUUAGUCAACAUAGUAAGAUCUUAUUUCCAAAGAAAAGAAGGAACAACUAGAUCAAAGCAAAUUAAAUAUUCCAAUGAUAAUAAAAUAAAGAUCUCUUCCCAUACACAUAUCCUAUUGGUUCUGUUUAUCUGGAGAACUCUGACUAAUAAUGACCUUUAGAUGAUUCUGCUACUGCCCUUGCCUAUGUCCAGACACAGCAAAGAUCCCAACCUUCAAAAUGAAAGGGAAAACACACAUGAUGCCCUACACAGCAAACACAUGAAUAGAGGCCCAAUUACUCUACCUUGGUCCUUUCUAAAAGGCUACAGGACAACACAACACUUAUGGCUAAUUGCAAAGCAGACCGACAUCAAAUGUGGGGACUGGUAAGUAUUGCAGACUUAAAAAAAAUACAGAAAACAAAACAGAAGCAUGAGUGGUAUCCAUGCUCCUGGCACUCUUCAGACAACUCCCAGCCUUGUCCCGACUCCACUGGGUAUUGGCGUUUUUAGGCAUCAUCAUUUGAGGACAAUCACCCCAUACAGCUAUAUAGGACACUGACUCCCACGUAAUAACCAAGUUUUAUGUCUUUGGUUGAUAGUAGUUCCCAAAUCAUGAUGUUUCCCCAACGAUUUAGGGGAAGAGCCUUCUAUGUUUUCCAAGGUGUUACAGGACAUAUGAUUGAAGGCAAACAAGUCCACCCUACCCACCCCAACCACCAUUGGCCACAUGCUGUCAAGUUGGAAAAGCCAUUCUACUACUGAAUAUCACAGUUUUAGUCAUCUGUAUGGGCAUUUAUUAUGUGUGCCUUACACUCAUUGUGGGGUUAUAACAGAGUAGGUGAAAGUGCUCUGUAGCCUGGGAAGUAGUCAACCACUGUGAGGUCUGAUGGGGUAAUCCCCAGAACAGGUUCCCAUGUCUAAGGUCUUUUAGACAAACCACAUGAGUCACGGCAUCAAAGACAGCUUUAUUGGUUGCUGGGUAAAUCUCACACUUCCAUGCCUGUGGACAAGGAAGGACUUCGCAUAGUGUUUCCUCAUCAGUUCUUGUUGCAAGCCAGAUUCUAAGGAGUUUUAUGAUCUGCAAUGAAGGCUUGACGUUGGCUCCAGUGAGAGCCAGUGACUUAACCCUACUUAAUCCAACAUAAAAUUGGGAAAUGUAGUAAAUAUCCGUUCACUACUUGGCCCUGGGCUUCUUGAAGACAGAAGCUGUGUCUUAUUUGAUAGGUGUAUCUGCUGCAUGAACUCAUGCUUGGCACAUGGUGGGCACUAAGUCAACCAUUAUUUGAUAAACAAGGAAAUACAUGGGAGAGACAAGGUUGUUGAUUUCUGCAACUGCUUUUUAUAGCUAGUUUAAACUCUGUUCAUUAUUUGCCUUAUUUUGUCCUAUAAUCUCUUUUUAUUGUUCAAUCAUUUCAUACAGUAACACAAUGUAUUUUGCUAAAAAAAAAAAAAACCCACCCCCAUUCUCUCUCCUCCAAUUCCUUCCCUGCCCUCCCACCAACUUUCCCCACUCCAACUUUAUGAAACUCUGAAAAAAAGAAAGACUGCUGAGUCUCCUUAGUGCUACCCAUAUGUGUAUGGAUGUAGGACCAUCAGCUAAGGCCUGGGCAUCGCUCAGGGGCUGUAUCCCAGCAGAAAGCUGACUCUUCCUUUCCUGGAAGACAUCAAGCGCUAGCUUCAGCUAGGUGUGGAGCUUCAGGAGCCUCUCCCCUACCCACGCUGGGGUUUGGGCUAGCUUGAUCUCAUGCCAGGCCUUGUGCAUGCACCACUGAAGUUCACAUGUGCAACAGCGCUGCUAUGUCCUAUUUGCCUUACUUUUUACUGCAUUUUGGUUCAGCAUUUUCUUUCAUUUAUUAGCACAUAAAUAUGUGUAGAUGAUAACUUAUAGGCAUAAAUUUAACACAUACAUAUAGUAUCAGUUUGAUCAUUCAGUUGCUCAAUCUGUUAUUCUUCCUCUACAAGUAAACUAGAAGACAUCUAAGACAAAAUACUAGACCAGCCUUCAUGCAUAGGCAUUCUCCCUGAUGCUUCUGGGCAAAGAUAAGUUCAAGUCCAUAUGAUUUUAGCUUCUUUAACUACUGAAAAGUAUUUCCCUUGGGGAAUUCAUUGGAUAUAAGAGAAAAGCCAGCAGAAGGUCACUGUAGGCCUGGAUCCAUAUGAGUACUCAGUUUUAAAAUGUGGAUCUGCACAAUGUAGAGCUGUUACCUAGAUACUGAAAUGCAGCCAGAUGCGGCAGCUCAGACCUGUAGUCGCUGCACUUGUAAGCUGAAGUAGAAAGAUGGUGAGCUGGAGGCUAGCCUAAACUACACAGUGAUGAGCUGGAGGCUAGCCUAAACUACACAGUGAUGAGCUGGAGGCUAGCUUGAGCUACACAGUGAGACCCUGACUCAAACAGAAAGAAAAUGUAGAAACAGAGAAAUUUUUUCCUAGCAAAAGAGUAAAAACAAAACAAAAGAAUAUUGCAAAGCCAGUUAAUGAGCUAAGAUUUGAUUAUUAAGAAAGCAACACAUUUCAUCAGGAGGCUUUCCUGCACAGAGCGACUGGUCUAUUUUUUCCCCCCAGAAACUACUCACAAGAACAGAAACAAAAUUCUGACUCCCUUUCCAAUAACUCAUGGAAAAUUGAGACACACCCUUGUUUCAGUGUGACAAUUUUAAGUAAACAGACUCAUCUUUAAAAUUUUGGUUAAAACUUCCUUUAUUGACUUUAGUGAAAACGUUAUUUUGCAGUGAGAAUUGCUGGUCACAUUUAGACUUUUGUGUAAAAAGAAUAAGAAAAAAAAAAGCCUCCAUAAACUUGGACUUGUGGGAUGCCCCAGCAGGGAAAGGUCCUGUUACAAGCUUGAUGACCGGAAUUCAAUCUCUGGUACCGGCGUGGUGGAAGGAGAGAACUGACUCCUAGUUUUCCUCUGACCUACAUGUGUUCACUGUGGCAUCCAUGUGCAUGUACACACACAUACACAUAUACACACACAUCAAAUAGAUCCAUAACUUCUGUAUUUGAGGUGUGGGGAAACUGUGGAUUGUAUCAUUCCCGAUGUUUCAACAAAUCGUGGGAAGGCAAUCUGGCCAUUGAAUCCUUCCCAAUAGGUCCAAAGGAUAAGCAUGCACAUUAGGUCAGAUUGAUUCCUUCCUUUGUUCUUAGAAAACACUGACAAGGUCUCUCCAAGGUAGAGGAACAGGAAAGCCCUCUAGUCUGUCUGUUAAAAGCGCUCACAACCUGCCAUGAGCGAGUGAGUGCGUACCACAGCCAAAAGCACUUGGUACAAGUUGUAAGCUAGUGAACCGGACCCCAAACCUAUGUAUAGAAACAGCUUCAGGGGCGAGCAAGGAGAGAGGACGCACUUUCCCCAAGGUGUUACUAGAGCACACCACCACAUCUGUCCCAAGCAGCAGCCUUUUGUAAAAAUACCACCAGGAACAUUCCUGGACUGGGAUGUGCCCAACACAAAAGGCCACACAGGACUGGAACCACUGAAGCUUCCUAUGGAGCAGUCAACCACACAUCUCAAGAAAGCACAAUGAGGGCUGGAGAGAGGGCUCCUGCAAGGACCCAAGUUCAAUUCCCAGAACCCACAUCGGGCUGCUUACAACCACCUGUAGCCUGUAACUCCAACACUAGGGGAUCUGCUGCCUCCUGGCCUCUGCACUUGGACACAACCCACACACAAAUACACAUGUGAACAAAUAAUUAAAAAUAAAUCUUGAAAAAGUAUUAAUAGCGGCAACCCACCCUAAAACCACGACACUCAGAGACCCUAUUUCACUCAAAGAAGCCUUCCCUGACAGCUCUUAGGUCGGUCUGGUGUGUUGUACAGGAAGGGGCUCUGCUUCUGCUUGCUUUAUAUAAUUAUUGGCUUGUCCCUGUUUCAUCAAAAGAAAAAGUAAGUACACAAGAAGCUCAGUGGUUUCCACAAAAAAAGCAAAGCGAGCUAGUGGUGUCCAGAGGCCAUACUGAUGAUGGAUUCUCCGUUUCUCCUUCCUGGUUCCUAUCCUUCAAUUUUCUUCCUGGCAUCUGUGGUCAGAACUGCUCAGCAGCUUGUAAAGCUAGAAAUGACUGUCGAAUAAUGACACCUUGGUCCUUCCUUUAUCUGGGAAGGACGCCACCCACGGCGUUCUUUUCUAGAUAGUCAGUGUCUCCGUCAGCAGGAUGGCUUUAAUUGCCACCUCCAAGAACUCCACAAGGACUUUGUUGAUGAUUUUUUUUUUUAGUAAGGAAGCUGGAGCUUAUUCAAUGACAACCCCAACACCUCACCUAACACCCAGAUGUUUGCAAGAUGUUUGCCACUGGCUUAAAGGAAGUUAAUAAAACUGAUCUAGGUUGGGAGAAAAAAGAGAAGAUGUGAAGAAAGCUAUAUAAAAGAAAAUAUCAUUGAGUUGUUUACAAACAUCAUCUCACUUAAUGCUCACAGAGUGCGCUGAGAUAAGAGCAUCUUUCUGUUUCAAAAGCCCAGUUCAAAUACAUGAAAUCGCCCGUGACUACCCAACCCCUUAGAUUUCAAAUUCAGAGCUCUGCCCCCUUCUCCAGUAAAGGUAACCCCCUACACAAUCUCAAAAGUCCACACCUUCUCAUGUUCACAGACAAUUUGCUCUUUUUUGUGUGUGUCCUUGGUGUAUUUUAACUUUGGCUUCUGAGUGGGUUCCUUCUUUUGGUGUUCAGAGACGAUCUAGGAAAAUAAACGCUGAGAUGCUUGCCUCUCGGUCUCUGUUACCAUCUAUCUAUCCGCUUCUCAGCACAGCCACGCCUCCUCAGAGGUAGUCUCCAGUUCUUCACCCCCACUGAGGAUUUCACCUUCUCCCAUCUGUUCCUGUUUGCUCUGUGGCUUGUCCCCAAAUACCUGGCAAGGUGCUUCGGUGGUGUCUGAUUUCAUUUUAGACUCUUUUCUUUCUAGGCUCUAAACCCAGGUCUCAUCUAAUCACAAUAUCGCAUUCCGUAGUUACAUCGGUUGUUCGUAACCCAUAAGGUAGGGACAUCUGAUUCUACGGGAGCCAAUCUGCCAUGAGAAAGGCUUUGCUGGCUCUUUGUGGGAAAGAUACAUACUCAUUCUUUCUUUCUUUCUUCUUUUUUCUUUUUGGUUUUUCAAGACAAGGUUUCUCUGUGUAGCUUUUGGAGCCUGUCCUGGAACUCACUUUGUAGACCAGGUUGGCCUCGAACUCACAGAGAUUCACCUGCCUCUGCCUCCCAAGUGCUGGGACUAAAGGCGUGUGCCAUCACCGCCGGGCUGCAUACUCAUUAUUUCUGAGAAUUUCUCAAAUGAUCAUGUCUUCCUCUUUUGGAUUGAAAUGAGGAAGUGUGAACCUGGAAGUCACUGACAGCAUCCGGGGUGGUGAGUUGAGGAAGGGAGGAGCACCAUGGCAUGAAGCUGACAUUCAAGAAAGCUAAGUGGAGAGGCAAGAUUCCAGUCCCUGACGACACUGUUGAAUUACUGAGCCAAAUUAUCCCUGAAACUCAUCCAUCCUUCCUCUGACUUCCCGGUGGCUGAGUUAAGAAAUCUAUUCUUUUUUUUUUUUCAGGGCUGAGGACCGAACCCAGGGCCUUGCGCUUGCUAGGCAAGCGCUCUACCACUGAGCUAAAUCCCCAACCCCCAAGAAAUCUAUUCUUUUAAAUUACUUCUUUACUAUGUGUAUGGACAUGUUAAUACAGGCACACAUCACAGCAUGCACAAAGGGGUCAGACGACAACUUGCCAGCCCAAGAAAUCUUCCUCAGUGUUGAAGUCAGAUUAAGCCAAGCUUUUAGUCUCUUGUCACAAAACACAUCUGGAUGUUCCUGUUUCAGAACUGUUCUGGCCUCUUUAAGAGUAACCCCCACCUAACUGAAUACAAUGGUCUCUUUUGAGUGUCUUCCCUGCUCAUCAGCACUUGACCGAUACACAUUUCACUCCUUCAGCCUCUGAGGUUGCCUUCCUUGAUUUCAGGCUCUCUGGGGUGUCUCCUUCGUGUUCUCCCUUAUUCAACAUCCUUCACUAAAUCCUUCAGCAAAUCCUGAAACGCUGGAGUUCUCCAGGGGCUGAUCACAGCACGCUUUGCUUCUCUCUUGACAUCCUUAGGCAAUGUCUUCUGUUUCCCUGUCUUUAAAACCCUUUAUACGGCAAUGACUCUCCAAUUUAUAGUAUCCAGCCCAAGCCUCACUUCUGAGCCGUGACUGCCAUGGUAAUGUCUUUACUUAGAGGUCUCCCACAGAACUGCAAACCUAACUCGUUAUGUUGGUGUGUUAGCUUUACACAGCCAUGGACUAUGACUGUCUUGCUCCCUGCUCUAUCUCCGAACUCCAGCAUCGCUCCUCCUGAUACAGAGUAAGACAGACUUCCAUGAAAUUUCUGAAGGAAUAAAUAAAGUAUAGGUCAAUAAUGGGUAAGUAGUAGACAGCUAAUAAAUAAGAGUAAAUAAAUAUGUCCUUUCAUUGCAAAUAGCAUUGUCCCUAAUACAAAUUUAGUAGAAGACAACUGAUUUAUCUCGACAGAGCCUGAGGAUGGAGAUAUGGUUGGACUUCAAGAGCAGGGGGUUUUUUUAGUUUGGAUGCUGUCAGGAUUACCCUUUCGUUUCUUCAUCAUGAGCAGCUACUUCAUCUUCCUCUCUAUCCUCUUCUUUAUUGUUCCUGUUCCUCAGGCCAACUGGGGAAGCUAGAUCUUGGGCUGCAAGCUUCUUAAAGCUCCAGAUGGCUGGAGGGUCACAUAGUUGAUCUGUUGUAACUGGUCUUAGCUGUACCGGUGUAGCAUCAAAGCAGACACAGGCAAUGUAAACAUCCGGUUAAAUUUUACAAAACGGGUGGGGGCCCCCCGGGGACCAUAGGCUGUCCUCAGCCUCUUGCAGGUAAGAUCCACAUGUCAGUUCCCCAGUUUGUUGCUGUGCUGUCUCUAGAGCUGAGAUCAUUACCUUAUCCUUGAUGAGUGAAACCAUGACCAAGUAGGCAAGGUCAUGUUGCUGUGUGGCUACUCUUGCGGCAAGAGGCUUGAGAAGAGAGGGCAAUCCUAGAGACAAAAACGCACAGCAAAGCUUCAGUGUCUCGAGUUCGCUCCUUAAUCUUUCACAAAUCGGCUCUGUCUACAAAAUUCCAGAGUAGGCCCCAUUCUCCCAUGUGUGCAUGGCCUCUUCCUUUUAUCCUUGGCAUCUAGUCCUACCCCUCUUUAAACUGUUUGUUUGUCUAUCUAUCUGUCUGUCUGUCUGUCUGUCUACCUAUUUAUUUAUUUUCAAGGCAGGGUCUCACUCCGUAGACCAGGCUGGCCUCGAACUCUUGGAGAUCUGUCUGCAUCUGCCUCCUGAGUGCUGGGACUUAAGUCCUUCACCACCAAGCCAGCCUUAGUCCUACCGCUCUAAGUCCCGCCAAUGCCAUUUCUAAAAUGAAUGGCCAGCGUGUCUGCUCCAUGUCUUAUUUUCCCAGCCCAUCUCCCCUGGCCUUCUGUAAGGCCUGCCACUAGUUUAUUCUCUCUGGCCCACCUCACAUCCGGCUAACGACCUGAGAUCACUUAAAAACUGUGAAUAAUAUGACUGCUGUUUUUCUGCAGAGUAACUAGCAGGCUGUAUGGAGAGUGUUCCCACCGCGUCACUGGGAUUCUUGGGAUUAAGGAACUCAGAUACGGUGGGAGAGGAAUUGGAGGACAUUGCUGGAAACCGAGUUCUCAAGAAGGAAUCUCUCUUAGACUUGGAUGACAAUUCUUCUCAGAAGUUAUUAGAUGGAGGGUCAGAGUGUGCCAGAAGACUGAAGAGUUCAGGAGUCACCUGGCCAAAAGGGAUUUUCCAGAACUUGAGAGCCAAAUGCCUCUGGGCAUCAUCCAUGGGGGAAGAAGCUCUGAUGGCAGCCACACCCAAGUCCCAAGCCCAGGAAUCCAUUUUCCUCACCCAUCACCUUAGAGAAGUAAAUGAAUAAUAACAGAGGGGCUGCCGCUGGGUGUAGUAACCCAUGCUUAUCAUCCCAGCACUCAGGAUGCAGAGGCAGGAGACUCUCUGUGAGUUUGAGACCAGCCUGGCCUACAUAGUGAACUCUAGGUCAGCCAGAGCUACAUAGAGAAACCCUCUGCACGCAGCCCUCCACAAAAAAAUGUAUUUGUUGAUUUGUUGAACGUAGCAUUGAUUAUAGAUGCUUUUAAUCUGCAUCACAGCAGACUUGUGGGAUGUGUACUCCAUUACUGGAGUCAUAGCCAUGCCAAGUGUUGGGAGGUGAGAAGACCAUGAGGAGGGGCUGCCGAGACACUACAGAGGAGAAAACAUGAAUGAGCAGCAACAGACACUUCCUGAUACUUUGGAGAGACAGAAAAGUAAACUCCUUUAGGAAGUUUGUUUUUUUGUGAUGGCUAGAACAAUUCUAUUUUGGGAGCUCCUCAAACUAACUUUCUAUAAAAUUUUGUGUUUAUUGUGGGAGGCUGUGGGCAAAUGCAGGACCCAGCCAAAGGCCAGAGUAAGAAGACCCGGUCCUCGGAGACACAAACUCACACAGAGUAGAAGAUCCUGGGUUCCUGAAGUAAAACAAAGACGGAAAAGGUGUGUGGGAGCCUGCCCCACCCCAAUCUGGUCCUGGGCUGAGACGAGAGUAUCUUGGACUGUUUCCAGCUUUCUCACCUAAGUGCAAGUGAAGCAUGCUUCUUUCAAGCUCCUUUUUUUUUUUUUUUCAGAGCUGAGGACUGAACCCAGGACCUUGCGCUUGCUAGGCAAGCACUCUACCACUGAGCUAAAGCCCCAACCCCUUUCAAGCUCCUUUUAUGGUAGUUUCUUGGUGUGUAGCCCAAGUGAGCCAAAAUUUCCCUUCCUUUCCCUUCCCUUCCCUUUCCUUCCCUUCCCUUCCCCUUCCCUUCCCUUCCCUUUCUCUUCCCUUCUUCUCCCCUCCCCUCCCCUCCCCUCCCUCUCCUUUCCUUCUUUCCUUCUUCCCUUCCUUUCCUUCCUCUCCCCUCCUCUCCCCUCCCCUUCCCUUCCUCAAUGUGCUGCCACAUGGAGCCAUUCCUUUAUCUACCUUAUCUGCCUUCUCUUCUCUCUCCUCACCUCUCCUUUCCUCAUCUCUCCUCUCCUCUCCUCUCCUCUCCUCUCCUCUCCUCUCCUCUCCUCUCCUCUCCGCUCCUCCACUCUACUCUGCCUGCCCCCUCUCUCAUUCACUUUUGAGAUAAGGCCUCACUAUGUCCCCAGACUGCCUUUGAACAUCUGGGCUCAAGCCACACUCCUGCUGUUUCCUUUCCAGUAGCAGGGACUACAGUGCAGGUCACUAAGCCUGGCUACGUUUUCUUUUCUACACCCACUUCCACCCCUUAGACACCCCCCUUUGUCUAGGGACAGAAGAACUGGACAAGAACUGAACCAACCUGGGGAUACAGAUGGGCAUCAUUUCUGUGGAGCUGUUGCCAGGCAACAUGCUGGCGGCUGACCAGAGACACAUUUCCAGGACGCCAGCAUGCCCUGGGUGCAGAUGAUGUGGUGUCUUUGUAGAUGGGCCAGGGAAUUCCUACAUUUCCCCACACUGUAAUAAAAAAUUUCAUUGCUUGCAUGUCCCAGUUGCUGCUUCCGAACAAAACAGAAACAAGUCCCUUGGUCCUAUUUGGGAAGGCAGGGAUAUGGUUUUCAGUGAGAUACAUGAUUUUCCCUUUUGUUUUUUUGGCCCCAAGUUUGCCAAUAGCAAGUAAGAACCAUGGAUUCUCAUACUUCAUUCUCAGAUUUAAGAUUUCAGGAAUGCCUGGGUGUUCGAGUCUAUAGCCUUCCUCCUAGUGGCCCAGCCGGUGGCCUUGCCAUCUGUCCGCAGUAGCUUCGUCUGUUAACCUGACAUAGCCUAGAGUAACCUGAGAGACUCUCAAUUGAUAGAUUACCCUCAGGAGAUCGGCUUGUGGCUAUAUCUGUGAGGGAUUAUCUUGAUUGAUUAUUACCAUGAGAGGACCCAGGACCUAGCCCACUGUGGGCAGUGCCAUCCCUAGGCAGGUGGGCUAUCUAGGAACGGUUGUGCUGAGCAUAGGUCGGGGGACAAGCCAGAGAUCUAGCUGGUGAUCAUUGUUCCGCUGUAGUUUCUAUUUUAGUUCCUUCUCUUUCCUUCCUUUGUCAGAGUGUUUUGUCACAGCAACAGAACAAAGGCUGGGAAACUAGAGGUUCUGAGAUCCCACAGAACAUUUUUUUUUUAAAAGUCCUCUUUAUUGUUAUUGUUACUGUGGAUUAUGGGCCCAGACAAUACCCUUAUGGGCCUGCUCUAAUAAAGCAAUUGUCUAAAGUGGGUAGAAUAUAGGGAACAGAGCCAUACCAAUUUAUGUUUAGACAACAUGGCACUGAUAUGAAUAUUUAUCAUGGGCCAAGAUGGGGGGAACACAGGGGGCUAUGAGUCAGAAAAAAAAAAGGCUGGCACUGGAUGUCUAGGGAACCCCCACAUAAACACUAAUGUAAUCUGUAAUAUAGCUAUUUCUGUGAGAAUGCCACUUUCAUAUCUGUUUAAAAAUGGCCUGAGCCAGGUGUGGUGGCACACGCCUUUAAUCCCAGCAUUUGGGAGGCAGAGGUAGGCAGAUCUUUGAAGUUCGAGGCAAGCCUGGUCUACAAAGCACGUUCCAGGACAUCCAGGACUUUUACACAGAGAAACUCUGUCUUGAAACACCGAAACAAAAAAGAAAAGAAAAGAAAAAGAAAAAAAUGGCCUUGAGGUCAGAGACCUUCCCCUUCUCCAGUCUGCCUGUUUCCACCUCCCUGUAGGCCUGUGUGCUAGACUGCAUGUUGAUAUGUGCCUGGGUGUCUGUCUGCUUAACAACCUGUGUGCUGGUGGAUAAAUCACUUACCUAUGAUUCCUCAUGUUCUCUUCAAUCUCUCAGCCUUCUGUGGUCCGCCUCUUGUCCUGGUAUUUGAGCUUAGACCUCAAACUGUCUCAGCCAUGGAUAGGGACUCCUCAAAAUCUGAGCUGGAGAUGUUGACUUGUAAACAUCUCAACUCAUCCUCACUACAGACUAGGAGUUUAGGAAAAUCCAAAUCCCCUUCCUCUUCCCUUCCCUCCUCCUUCCCGCUUCCCUCCUCCCUUCCUUCCUCCUUCCUUUCUUCUUUCUUCCAGCUUUCUCUCACCCUUCUCCUUCCUCCAUUUCCCCCCAUCUCUUUCUCCAUUCCUUCCUUUCUUGCUCCCUUUCCUGACAGCACACCAAUAAAUGGGUGUGAAUAAAGACAGAUGUUGGGCCUGAAUGUGCCAUCAUGAACCUGCAAUUAGGAUUUGUUCUUCCGAGGUGUGGUAAAGAACUAAUUGGUUGAUGUGUGCAGAAUGCCAGGACAUUCUUGAAUAAAUCCCUAUAUGAGUUCAAAGUAUUUGUAAUUAUUAUGAUUAUUACUAUAAUUUAUGAGAUUUAGCUGUAAAUCUUAUAAUAAGAUGAGGUCAACACUUUUAAAAAGAGGAAGCAGGAUGAGACCCUAUAUAAAGUGCCGUGUGCUCCCUGACUCUAAGAAGAGCUGACUGAAGACAGGUGAGUAUGAAACCGACCCUAGACUUGUUCCGAGCUUAUUUAGAAUGAAAACUCCAGCAUAUGCUAAUCGAUUGAUAAUGAUUGUGUUUCUGCUUCUGAGUAAAUAAUAUUGAAUCAAAUGAAACUUAAAGACCUUGCAAGAAAACCUCAAGUUUUAGAAAUGUGAGAUGACAGAAUAAUUCUUUCCUACUCAUUACAAUUGUUAUACAAAUUUCUAUUUCUUUCCAUGCGUGUGCAGGGCUUCUUUUGAAUAUGUGCACAUGCACACGACCAAGAACAGGGGGACAGAAAUAGACGUUCUUUUAACAAUACCUGUAAUAGUGGAGCCAUAUAGAAAGAUGGGGAAAAUUAUGGGCUGUUGAUAGGGAAAGGAGCCUCUCACUUCUGAACCUGGUUGAGGUCUCUCACCAGCUGAGGAGCAAGAACUUCAGCACAAUCAACAACUUUGCUCCCUAAAUUUUCUAAACCCAUGGUUUUCUAGAAAUUGCACCAGAAACCUCAUUUUCAGGGAAAGAUGUCCUGAAUGACUUGGGUAACCCUAGUGGCUCUUGGCUUCACCUCAUCAGAUUAUAAUUCCAUUCAAGGCAUCUCCACAGCUGCCUUAUAAGCUCAUUUAUCAGAAGAAGAGAGAAGGGGGGAUUUCUAAGCACCUUCUGAGAUAAGUUGAGAGCCACCAAAAUGGCAUAUAUGGCUAGCCAUAAGACCCCUACUUGGAACUCUCCCUUGAGGAACCCAUAAUCAUACCUGGUUAUGUCUUAAUUUUUUUUUCCUUUUUGGUUUUUCGAGACAGGGUUUCUCUGUGUAGCCUUGACUAUCCUAAAACUCUUUCUGUAGAUCAGGCUGGCCUUAAACUCACAGAGAUCUACCUGCCUCUGCCUCCUGAGUGCUGGAAUCAAAGGCAUGUGCCACCACCAUCUGGCUGUGUCUUAAUUUUUGCUAUUCUCUUGUGGGAAGCCAAUAUCCACACUUAGGUAUGUCUUAUUUUCUUCCUAAGUGCCCCUCUCUUCUAACCUUUAUGUUUAGAGCCUAUAGUAAUAUAUUUUCAUUAAAAUCAGCAACUCUACAUCAUACUGUCUAGUCCUGAAAUUCUUCUCUGUCAAAAUCAUUAAUCCUGGGUUUGCCUGAGUUGAGGUCCUUAAAAGAUUAAAGGACCUCCUCGGGCUGCUGAGGGUGAGAUAGCAGAGCCGUGUGUCCAUCCUCUCCCUGCUGACAAUAGACCAAAUAGAAUGUCUCUUUCAUUUUAUAAAACCAAAGAACUAAAACACUGGUGCCUGCCGGAUGGUAAGCCUCUCUCCUUUUCGUGCUCAAUCUUGCUGAUGAAACAUUGACCCAGACAUCACAAGUACGUGUUUGGGCGAGGUCCUGCUUUUUCUGCAAACUGUGAAAUAGCUAAGGCCAGUGUAUCUAACACUGUGGUUCUCAACCUUCCUAAUGCUGUGACCCUUUAAUACAGUUCCUCAUGGUGUGGUGACCCCCAACCAUAAAAUUAUUUUCAUUGCUACUUCAUAACUGUAAUUUUGCUACCGUUACGAAUCAUAAUGUAAACAUCUAUGUUUUCUGAUGGAUUUAGGCAAUCCCUGUGGGGGGGUCGCUUGGCAAACCCCCAAAGGGGUCGUGACCCACAGUUGAGAACUGCUGGUCUAACAGUUUAAGUCUUGGUUAUCAGAGUUAAAAGAUGGACAUCGUUUAAGAGUCUAUGAUGGAGGAAGCCAGGAUCUUUUUGAUUAGAUAUCCAGAAGGGAAUACUCCUAAACUCACACAAGGGCAAUGGUCUUCUCAUCUUCUUUCUUAACCCUGACAAAGUGAGAAAGAGUAAGAACAGAGGUACACAGACAGAAGCCCCUUUCAGACAGUCUCCGCAGUAAAGGAAGCGUUUAUGGACCUGCCAACCAGGAGGGAAGAGACUUUCCGCAAACCUUCUAAGGUUUUCUGGCUGGUGCUUACAGCUCAUAAUCCAAGCUCAGCAAAAACAUGUGAUUGUGGACCUUAGAAAAAUGCAAUCUGUGAACAGGAACAGUUUAAAACACACAUGGGCACACGCCUGUUAUCCCAGCACUGGGGAAGGUGAAGCAGGAGGAUGUCCAGUUCCAGGUCAGCCUGGAUUACAAGGCAGUCAAGCUGGACAUGGUAGCUCACAUCUGUAACCUCUGUACUCAGUAGGCAGAGGUGGGAACACUGCAGAUUUGAAGCCAGCCUGGGCUAGAUGGCAAGUUCUAGGCCAGGCUAUGAAACCCGAUCUCAAAACACGAGCAAGCAAAGAUCUGUAAUGUUGCCGCUUUAUAUUGUGGUCUAAAAAGUAGAUUUUAUUUCUCUAGGAAUGCAACCCUGGUGGCAGAAGCACUUUAUGUUUAUGACUGUCAUUGCUACUGUCAUUUUAAUUUAAGGACCAUCAGGGCAAAGUAGUCUGCAAGACAGUGAGUCUUUACCACGUGUUAGAAGUGAGGAGAAGAACAGAACACCAGGAGGGGUGUGAGUGAGAAAGGAUGUGCUGGAAUGGUACAUCCACCUACCUGGGGAAGGUGGAUGGAGAGGUGGGUUAGCAACAAAGCAAGGGCAUCAGCCAAGCUUGUAGUGAGAGACCAUGUCUAACGUGGUACAUAGCACAGUUCUCGGUUCCUCCAGGAUCAAAUGGGCCACGCUCAUCUCUCUGACACCAGGGUGUUGAUGCAGCACAUUGCCAAGCUGGCUGGAGGGCCCCAAGGUCAUGACUUGCUAUCUUUUCAAGGUUAAGGUGAAGAUCCAUGGCAUUCAUGGAAAAGGAUUGGGACUUCUUGUUGAAGGACUGUAAAUGCCAAAGACCUUUAUUUCUACUUCUGGCCUCCAAUUAUUGAGAGCUGAGGAAGAACUGUCAGUCCAUCACAAGUCAAUACAGUGCUUUGGAAAUUGCAGGGUGCCCAGUCGGGAAAAGACAGGUAGAAGAAGAUGUCCUGACAGAGGCCAUGAAGAAUGUCAACUAGCCCCCAAGGGAUGCCCUGGUUAUCUUUCCAAAGAUGGCCUGUUGCUGCAGCUUGACACUCCCUCGCUGCCUUGACAUUUUAGCUCUUUAUAUUGGGAGGACGGUGUCAUAGUAGAUAUUGUGACUGAUAUCAGGGCAUCACACUCACCUUGGCUGACAUUUCCAAAUGGCUUUGAGUGUGGGGAGUGGUCAGGGUCAUAGCAAAUGGACACUCCUUGAAGAACACACCCUGAGAUGCCUCGGCUUUUAAGUAUAGAGUACUUUUUGAUACCUGGACAAACUGGACCAUGAAGUCUGAGUCACUCUGCAUUCUGUUUAUGAAUGGACUACCUUGUCUAUCCACACAAGAAGUCCAUUGUCACUUUUUGCUCUGAACCUAAUACAACUGAAAAUAAUUGUCUUGCACAUGUGACUACAGCGGGCACCAGAAAGUGACUUUAUAUUGUUAAGUAACUGGUGCACGCGUUCACAUAGACUGUGCUCAGUGCUUGCUCAAUGCAGAUGUUUAGUUCCAUUUGUGGGAAAUGGGGUAACUCUCAUAUUGCAAUGAAAGUUAUGUCUUUCCUCUUGGGUUUCCAAUAGGAAGCAUCUUCCUUUCCAGGAAAAUCAGCAAAAAUAAUUGAAGUGUUCCGAGGUCAGCAUUUGAGUGAGAGCAGGGCUGUUUUUCUAAAGAACCGUUCCAAAAAGCUGAUGAGAUAUCUCUAUAAAGCCGAUGGCUAAUCUUGGUUAUCUACUUAACCCACCCAGAAAGAGAAAGCCUCUGCUAAAGAAGAUGUGAGAAACUCAGUCCAGCAGAUUGUCCUGUGGGUGUGUCUGGGGCAGGGGCAUUUUCCUGAUUAAAGAUGGAUGUGAGAGGUCCUGCCCAUUGUGGGCACUGCCAUCCCUAGGCAGGUGGUCCUGGGCUGUGUGAGAAAGGUAGCUGAAUGUGAACUUGAGGGCAAGUCAGUAAGCAGUGUGCCUGCAGGGUUUCUGUUUCAAGUUUGUGCCAUUCCGGAGUUCUGACCUGUUUGAGUUCCUGUCCCCAAUGUCCCUUAGUGAUGGACUUUAAGCUGCAACAUGAAAUACACCCUUUUUUCUCCAAAUCAAUUUUGGUCUUGGCGUUUACCACAGCAACAGAAUCAAACUAGGAGAAAGGGCAUGUUCUUGUGAGACUGUGAACGUUCUUUUUGUACCUAAGCUCUUUCUCCAAUUCUUUUUUUUUUAAUAAUUAACUUAAUUUAAUGUGCAUUGGUAUGAAGGUGUCAGAUCUCCUAGAAUGGGAGUUACAGACAGUUGUGAGCUGCCACAUGGGUGCUGGGAAUUGAAUCCAGGUCCUCUGGGAGAACAGCUAGUGCUCCUAACCCCUGAACCAUCUCUCCAACCCCUCUUUCUCCAAUUCUUUUCGGGGAUUCACUUCCUCUCUUACAUCCACUCCUCAGAGACCAGAAAUGCUGAGUACAUGGUUUCUUGUUUUGUUUUUUGUUGUUGUUGUUUGUUUGUUUUUUGUUUGUUUGGUUUUGGUUUUUUUGAGACAGGGUUUCUCUGUGUAGCUUUGUGCCUUUCUGGAACUCGCUUUGGAGACCAGGCUGGCCUCCAACUCACAAAGAUCCACCUGCCUCUGCCUCCCGAGUGCUGGGAUUAAAGGCGUGCGCCAUCACCGCCCGGCCAAGUACAUGGUUUCUGUUGAGGGAAGAAAUCUGAAUACUCCUGCAGAUGCAGCUAACAUUUCAAGUUUCUAAAUAUUUCUGGUCACUGAACACAUUUUCUACCGAGCCAAAGGAAAUCAGACAGACCGUUUCAAUGCUGUAGGAAAGAUAAGUAGGAAGCAUGGCUUGCUGUAUGGCCACAUGCUCUCUCAGUUUGUCAAGAUGGAAAUCCAGUUACUUCCUGAAUGCCUCUCCAUCUGAGACAUCUCAUUCUGGGUGUUGGGAAGAACCUAUCUAUAGGAACAAACCUAAAAGAGGGAUUGGGAUGUAACUUAGUAGAAGAGGAUUUACCUAGCAUGUAGGAGGGUCUGGAUUCUGUUCCCACCACCAAAUAAAUGACUAAAUGAGAGAGAGAAAAGAGAGAGAGAGAGAGAGAGAGAGAGAGAGAGAGAGAGAGAGAGAGAGAGAUUCAAAAUGACAGGUCCCCAGGCUCUGCUGACCAGGGGAGACAAUGGGAAGCACUUGUAUUGGGUGUGGUUUGUGACAUUUGUAUAGUGUGGUAGUCAGAGGGAACCAUGACUGCUUGUACAUGGUGGUAGGGAAGUUUCUGGAAGAACUGGUUGGGAUGAGGAAGAGAGUCAUCAUGGCAGCACAUUCUUGAUGGUCCUCACUACUGGUUCGCUAGCUAAGUGAGCACCUCAUGAUUCCAACCCUGCGGCCCUGCCCAUGACCUACUUCCUGGGGCCUGUCUGUCCACCCUCCCUGGGUUCUGACUCAGGAGUGCCACAAAAAGAGACUGAGGAACACGGUUCAAGGGGCCCCAGGGGGACUGGGAUUCCCCGGAAUGGGGACCAGAGCAAUAGGGCAAGUCUUCCCCCUCCUUCCUUUAUCCAAUGUAAAGAAUCAGGGUAUAGUCUACGGCACUGAGGAAGGUGUGCACUUUUCUCCAACCUGAAGAGAAAAGUGCCCAAUUCAUGGAAACCAUCAAUACAAAAUUCUGCUUUUCAUUUCAGGUUUGGAUAAUGUAAAUUGCUUUUCAGUAUCCCGAGUUGGGUCAUGGUGUUUCUCAGUGCUCAAAAUCAAAGUAUCUCAGCAUUCCCACAGAUCAAUUAAAAGGCUAAAUGAUGCACCUGUCCAAGUUUUGCUUCUCCAUUAUAAUUCCAACCACUCAUUUUCUACUUUGGAUGUGGGGAACUCAUUCCAUUCACAACCCCCAUAGAAAUAAAGUGCUGUUAUGACAAUGAGUGACGUUUCAUACCUUUAAACUAAUUUUGAUUUUAAAAGCAUUUCAGGUGCCGUAGAACCAGCUACUCAACAUGUCUCCACUGUGGCUGCUCCUGGGCCUCCUGGCCUUGACUGGCUCCUCUGAAAGCAGCAGUUGGGGAUGCUAUGGAAACAUCCGAACCCUGAACACCCCAGGAGCGUCUUGCGUGAUUGGAAGACGGCAUGGCCUGCCUUACUGCGGAGUCCGUGCCUCUGAAAGGCUGGCUGAAAUAGACAGGCCAUAUCUUCUGAGAUAUCAACCCACGAUGAGAAUUGUUGGCCGGAAAUACUGUAUGGAUCCUGCAGUGAUCGCUGGUGUCUUGUCAAGGGAGUCUCAGGGUGGCAAUUUUGUGGUCGACAUGGGCAACAUGGGUAAUGGAAUCGGGGUGAUACAGGACUCAAGCUUCUACCCUCCCACAUCUUGGAAGAGUGAUUCCUGGGUUUCCCAGAAAACUGAGAUCCUGACAUCUAAAAUCAAAGAAGUCCAGGCAAGGUUUCCUAGCUGGACUCCCGACCAGUACCUGAGAGGUGGACUCUGUGCCUACAGUAAGGGUCCUACCUUUGUCCGAAGCAACCAGGAUCUAAACUGUGACUUCUGCAAUGAUGUCCUUGCGCGAGCCAAAUACUUCAAGAACCACGGCUUCUAGCACCUCAGAUGAAUCUCAGGUUCCGCUGCCGUACAGGAGGCUCUCCUAUUCCACCAAUUUGGCUAGCAGGUGGAGACUGCAACCUCGAAUCUGAGUUAGAUUUGAAAGCUGUCAAAAUAUGACAAAUCAUAUUAAAGGAAAAGUCGUUACCUGCAUUAUAGACUGUGUCUUUCUAAAACAUUUCCCCAGAUGUGAGCUCUAAUACGUAUAUCUGUGAGAUGAGUCCUAUGUCUCAAGGAAUCCAAUGGCCAAGUUCAGCAAAUAAAGCUCAGGAAACCUAGAUUUCAUGUCAAUUACACUUAAGCAUUGAUUUUUGGGCAGUGUUGGGACUUGAACACAGAGCUUCACGUGUAUUGAGCACGUGCUCUACCACCUAGCUAUCUCUACUUCAGCCUCAAUGAUAAAUAGUAAUUUUUAACUUUUAAAGAUUUUUUUGUUGUUUUUUUGAGACAGGGCUUCCCUGUGUAGCCUUGGCUGUCCUGGAACUCAGUCUGAAGACCAGGCUGGCCUCAAACUCAGAGAUCUGCCUGCCUCUGCCUCCCGAGGGCUGGGAUUAAAGGAGUGCACCACCACCACCCAGCAAGAUUUUUAUUUAUUUUUACUUUAAGUGUGUGGCUGUUUUGCUUAUGUGUACAUCUGUGAACCACAUACAUGCAAUGCCUGAAGAGAGCAUCGACUCUUCUGGAACUAGAGCUAGAGGUGGUUGUGAGUCACCUUGUCAGUGCUGGGAAUUGAACCUGGGUCCUCUGGAAGAGGAUCAGUUGCUCUUAACCACUGAGCCAACAUCUUACCCCAAUAAAUGAUACUUCUAGUAUAAGUUUCGUACUAUAUUUGGAAGAAAGCAAGAUGGCAAUGACCCUUGGAGAGGUAUGUGAGCUCCUUUUAAGCCUAACUAAGGGGAGUAUCCAAGGAAGUUAGCUCAUCUUAGAUAUGAUUGCCUUAUGUGAGUGGCAAUCAUGUUAGUAACUUUUAAUUGGCUAGUGUUAGUUGGGGUUUUGUCAGGGAUACAGUUAUCCAUUUUGGGGCAGGCCUGUACAAGUCCCAGGCUUUGUCCUUGAGUUGCCAUGGAGGUUGGCUGCUCUAGCACAUACUGACUGUGGAGGCUGGCUCAGUGGCCCAAACUUGGUGCAACCUAUCCCCCUAGUCCCUGCUGUUAGGGACACCAGUGAUUAAUUGCCCUUUGUUUGUGGCUCUUCCCCAGAAACUGUCUGUCCAGUCUCAGGAAACUGAAAUUGAGGCCUGAUCUCUGAGAGAAGACUGGGCAGUCUGUUAUGAUGUCUGCUUAGUCCUCUCAGAGAGCAGCCACCAUGAGGGAUGGCUACGGGAGGCCAGAAGAGCCUCUCUAGGUUGUAGCCCUUGAAGAGUCUACCCUUACAAAUCUGCUGAGCUAACUUUGUAUAGCCUUUUAGGGAUGGCAAGCGUGGGACCCAGGGAAGCUUGGCUACACUGCUGCCAUGGCAGACUUAAACAAACCAGCCAGAGAGUAGGCCUUAGUUUCAGUUUACUGUAAGGCAACACCCAGUUCCAGGAAAAACUACAAACUGCCAUCACCCAGGGAUGAGCCAAUCAGCAUCCAGGGGGAAAAUAACUAAAAAUCCAACCUAAGAGGAAAGUACCUGACAUUCCCAAAUAUUUCUGACCAUUAUAGCUAAGAACACCAGAUGUUCCUUAGCCCAGCACACACCUAUACCCUUUCACCAAGAUAUCCCUAGAUAAAUGUCAGCUAAUCAGGGUCUUGAACCCUGGAAAUCCCCUCACUCCAACCUCUGCUAUGAUAAAAUCCCUACCCCAACUGGGCAUGGAGCUCUCUGUUCUCAUCACUGUGUCGGACAGAUGAAGAGCCCAAGCUCGAGCUUGAAUAAAGGCUCUUUGCUUCUGCAUACGGAUUCGGUCUUCAUGGUGGUCUUUGAAGAGUCCCUGAGAUCUGGGCAUAACAGCAAGAAGUUCCACCUCACUCAGUUUACUUCAGCAUAGUAAUGUGACAAAGGAAGAAGAGCCAACUACAGACUGCUCCUUCUUCAUUCUCUCAGAGAAAGCUUUAAGGAGGCAUGACAUGACCCAGGCUGUAGGAUCUAGCCUAAAGGUAUAGACCCAUGUUCUAACAUUGACUAGUCACAUAGACUGGGUAAAAUAGUUUGGGGAAAGUCACUUGCUAACAACUGUGUGCCAGCAUCUUGACUCCAAAGCCAUCUCACUGUCCUCAAGUGUUAGGCCUCAAACUCCGGACAAAUGGCUAACUGAGGUGCCUGUUUAAAAAUAUCAAAGGUAUGCCAGCUGCCAGGUUCUCAGCAAUGCAAGUACCUGUUACAGAGUCACCCUGACUGGCAUACUCCAUUCCCUACCCUAAACCUCUCCAGCCCUCGAGCUUUGGCUAUGUGCCCUCUUUGGUGCUUGUGGUGGUUUGAAAGAAAAUGGCCCCCAAAGGGAGUGGCACUAUUAAGAGGUGUGGCCUUUUUGGAGUAGGUGUGGUCUGGUAGAGGAAGUAUGUCACUGUGGAGGCAGGCUUUGAGGUCUCAUAUAUGUUCAAGCCACGCCCAGUGAAACAGUCCAUUUCCUGUAGCCUGCAAGGUGUAGAAUUCUCAGCUACUUCUUCAGCACCAUGUCUGCCUGCAUGCCACCAUGUCCCACUUUGAUGAUAAUGCAUUGAACCUCUGAAACUGUAAGCCAGCUCCCACCCCCCACUUAACUGUUUUCCUUUGUAAGAGUUGCUGUGGUCAUGGUGUCUCUUCACAGCAGUAGAAACAUUAAGACAAUGAUCUUGGUCUCCUGGCCUCUUAGCCCCCCUCUCCUUCCCUCUCUCCUCUCUUGCACCCCAUCCCCCAAGUCUGGUUCAUGUUCAGUCUGCCAGCCAUGUUCAGUCUGGACCUUCCAGAGGCCUCUGGCUGUGCUCUCCUUCAUAGCUACAAUAAACCUUCUCCUCAACCAUACCUUGGAGCAUCAUGUCCUCAUUUUUUUCAUUCACUAAAAUUCCCUCUACUUUACUUGCUGGACCACAAAAUCUUCUUCUAACCAAAAGGAUCUGAAACUCAGCUAAACUCUUCCCUUGGGCUUGGUCCUCAGCUAGUGGCACUAUGGAGGUGUGAUUGGAUCAUGAGAAUACUAGCAUCAUAAACUGGUUAAUGUAUUGAUGAAUUCACAGUUGAAUGGGCUUGGUAACUGGUGAAGGAAGUAGGUCACUGAAGGAGUGUCUCUGAAGAGUCUCAGUCUCUCUCUCCCCACCCUCCUCUCUGUCUGUCUGUCUCUCUUCUUUCCAGAGGCUUCCAUUUUUUUUUUCCAUCAUAAUGUUUCAGUUUUGCCAUAGGUUGAAAAACAAUGAAACUAACCAACCUUUAUGGGUCUCCUUCUUCCCUGGGGAUCAUUGGUCACUGGUCCACAAGGGCGGAGGGAGCAUAAGCAGCCAGCAGAGUUCAGACAGCUGUGAGUACGAUGGAAAUAGCCUUCCAAAAGUCACCUAUGGUGAGACAGCUCAGCUUUAUUCCAGAGUAAGGGGAAUAUAUAGGAUGGGGACAGCACCUGGGGCAUCACCUAAUUUGCAUUUGGCAGCUUGGUCCUACCAUACAGCUGGAACACAAUACCUAAUUAUCAUAGGGAUGGUGGGGAUGGGGAGGGAGCAUUUGCAGGGACCAGUGUCAAAGGUCAUACUUAAGAUAGGUCAGGCAUCCAAGCUCAGGGACAGUUUCCGAAUAAAGUCAGGCAUCCAGGCCAAGAGACACUACCCAAAUUAGGUAACGAGGGAAUCCUGCUGCUAAAGGAGUCCUUCAUAUUCACCGAGCUCAGAGAACUAUCUGGACAUGGUGAACUGCAACCUUAAAUGCAGGGUGCUCCAACAAACCUUAGCCCAAACUCUCUGAAACCAUAAAUCAAAGACAAAGCUUUCCUCCAUUGUGUCAUUGGUCAGGUAUUUUUAUCAGAGACAAAAACCAAUUAGCACAGAGGCACCCCAGUCAUCUGUAGCCAGGCUAUACGGAAGAGUCCCUCAAGGACACGGACCAUGUCCUAUGUUGUUAAAUUAGCAAAUUCAAGUGUUUGGAUUUGUAACAGUAAUGCCCCCCAUGUGCCAACUUAAUAUCAAUGCUUCAUCAUUGUUCCAUAACAAUCAUCAUCAUGCCAAGCAUGCUUGUUCUGCCCCUAAAUUUUUUUUGAAGCAAUUCCUAAAUGUUAAGUAAUACAUGAAGUACAAGAGCCUCUGCUCCCUCUGUUUAAUUGCAUUCAGCAGCCCAGGCAAAAGAAAAGAAGUCCAACCAUACUGGCACAUAAGGCACAAACACAGGGCUUGCACAUAGUGAGUAUGAAGUGCUCUUUUUCUGUUAGCAGCCUCAUGGUACCCCUUAUGCUCUCUGGGGCCCUUGAUACCCACCAACCCCGGCCUUCCUUCCUUGUCUCCCCACUCUCUGCUCAAAGUCCUACGCCCAAAGCUUGAAUCCAGCUAAGAGAUUCCCACCAAGAACACAACAGAGGAAACCAAAUGAAUGAGCUUUCCCCUUUGGAGAUGUACAUUGAACUAUUAUAAGGAAAACAGAAUGUGAAGCUCUAGCCACAAGCCUGCAGGAGAAACAUUAAGGUGAAUAAAGUUCUCCUGGAGUCUUGCUAUGAUUCCCUCCAUGGAUGUGUGUGCUCAGUAAUGGACCUGGAAUGUGUACAUGGAGGUGGCAUUUCUCACCCAAGGAAAGCAUGCCAGAGACGCCACGUUGCUGAAGUGGGAGCACUGGGGAGGGCACAAUGGAGUCAAAGACUAUGUGAAAAUACGGUAUUGAUUAUAUGGUGAUCAGUAAAUGCUAUUGCACAUCUUUUGUCUGCCAGCCAUUCUCUUAGGAAGGGUGAAACAAGGGCAAAGGGCACUGUGCUUCCUUGCUCUUUGCAGCUCACUGAUGGCCAAGGAUGUUGAACAUUUUUUCAAGUGUUUAUUGACCAUUAUUUGUGCUUCUUUCUUUGAGAACUGCCUCUUCCUUUCAUUAACCCAUUUAUCAACUGAAUGAUUUGGGAGCUUUGUGUUUAACUUUUGCAUUUCUUAAAAUACAUUUUUUUUAUUGUUGUUUGAGUCUUAGAUGGUCUUUUAAUAAAAAUAAAAAAAAAAACCAGAGCCAGAUAUCAGGGUGAAAGCUAAAAGAUCAGAGAAACAGAACAGCCAGCCACUAGCUCUUACCUCUAUGAAAUCCUCAGCCUCAAGAGAGCGAGUUCCUGUUUCCUCACGCAUUAUAUACAUUUCUCUGCCUUGCCAUAUUACUUCCUGGGAUUAAAGUCAUAUGUGCUUCCCAAGCAAAGGCAUGAGAUCUCAAGUGCUGGGAUUAAAGGGGUGUACCACCACUACCUGACCUGUAUGUCAAAUCUUAUGGCUGGCUCUGUCCUCUGAUCCUCAAGCAAGUUUAUUAGGGUACACAAUAAAUUACUAUAUCUUAUAAGCAUUAAUACUGUGAUGCAUAGUUGUCAAGUGUUUUCUCUCAUUCUGUCUUCUGUCCCUUCACGGCUGAUAGAUUAUUUUGCUGUGCAGAAGCUUUUCUGUUUCCUGUCAUACCAUCUGGCAGGUCUUUUUUUUAAAAAAAGAAAAAUAGAGGCUUAUUUAUUUUAAUUUUUUCUUUACAUUUGUUUAUAUAUUUGUGUGAGAUAGGGCAUGUUUGAGAGCCAAAGAUACGUUUUAAGUUUUAAUUACUGUUCCUAAGAAAUCAAAACUAAACUAAAAUGCCUCUGACCUGCAAGCCCCUUGCCCAAGGAGAGAUACUUUCUGAAAUGCUGGAAGCUAUUGUUUAUGGGAGAGAACAAGCCACAUGUUUUCACUCCCCUAACCAAGUUGG